UUACAGUAUACUCUGUGAUGUGCAUGUGCAUUGUGCAUAUAAAUAUUUGUAAGUGAUAAGUUUUACAUUGAAAUUAAAUUACCCCUUAUUCUUACUGAACCCGUAUUAAAUUGAAAGAAAAUUGAAUUUGAAAGUAUUUCCGACGAUCCGUUUUCCAUAAAGUAGUUAUAUUUACUCAAGAACAAUGUCGAUGCCACAUAGCAGUUCAAGUACAACAAGCUCAAGUACAAAGCGAAAGGAAAUCUACAAAUAUCAGGCACCAUGGCCACUUUACUCGAUGAACUGGUCAGUUCGUCCAGAUAAACGAUUUAGAUUGGCUCUCGGAAGCUUUGUCGAAGAGUACAAUAAUAAGGUGCAAAUAAUAUCGCUUGAUGAAGAGACAAGUGAAUUCAGUGCUAAAAGCACUUUUGACCACCCUUACCCAACUACCAAGAUCAUGUGGAUACCAGACAGUAAGGGUGUAUACCCUGACUUGCUUGCUACAAGUGGUGACUACCUAAGAAUCUGGCGUGCUGGUGAACCCUACACACUUUUUGAAUGUGUCUUAAACAACAACAAGAAUUCUGACUUUUGUGCUCCCCUUACUUCUUUUGAUUGGAACGAAGUAGACCCUAACCUGAUUGGAACAAGUAGCAUUGACACAACUUGUACUAUUUGGGGCCUAGAAACAGGUCAAGUCCUGGGAAGGGUUAAUGAGGUGUCAGGACAUGUCAAGACACAGCUUAUUGCUCAUGAUAAGGAAGUAUAUGACAUAGCAUUUAGUCGUGCUGGUGGUGGCCGAGAUAUGUUUGCAUCUGUAGGAGCUGAUGGCUCUGUGAGAAUGUUUGACCUGCGGCAUUUGGAGCACUCAACUAUUAUAUAUGAGGAUCCCCAACACACUCCACUGCUACGAUUGGCAUGGAACAAGCAAGACCCAAACUACUUAGCAACAAUUGCUAUGGACGCGUGUGAGGUCAUUAUUUUGGAUGUACGUGUCCCUUGUACCCCCGUCGCCAGAUUGAACAACCACAGAGCCUGUGUCAAUGGAAUUGCUUGGGCACCACACAGCUCCUGUCACAUCUGCACAGCCGGUGAUGACCACCAAGCAUUGAUCUGGGAUAUUCAGCAAAUGCCAAGAGCUAUAGAGGACCCUAUAUUGGCCUACACCGCUGCUGAAGGAGAAGUAAACCAAAUACAAUGGGGCGCAACACAACCCGAUUGGAUUGCCAUAUGCUACAACCGACAUACUGAAAUACUCAGGGUAUAAGGUGGUCCAAAAAAAUCAACCCCAUGCAUACAUUUAUUUAAUUUGUUAAGGUCAAAGUCCUAUAUGGCACCGACAACUUUAUGAUUGAAAUGGUGUGAAUGGACUUCUUAUGAAGCCUAUAUCAUUCUAAGAAGGAUUUCAUACAAAAUAAUUACAAAUAAGUUGAUUCUAAAAGUAUUAACUCCUUUAGGUUUUUGGAACUGGUCUAGUUAUACCAUGUAAAGGGUAACUAUUUGCAAAACCUUACAUUUCUUGUCUACUAUAAAAGCCCACUAUAUUCAUUUUGUCCACAAAACAAAUAAAGUAUGAGGACUCAAAAUUUGUAGAAGUGCCAGCAUUGCUGUUUCAAUUGCUACCAUUUCAAAUAUGCAAAUGUAAAUUGAUAUUGGUAUUCCAUUAUGUAAAUAUGAUCAAUGACAAGAUAAAUAUGAUCUGUACUUCUAUGGUUUAACUGUUAUUAAAAAUUUAAUUUUAAGUUGUUUCAGAUUAAAAAAUCAGGAAGGUAGGUUGAUAUAACUGCUAAAAAGAUUUUCAGUAAAACACUUCAAUAUUGAAAAUAUCGAAAUAUAUCAUUAGUCAAAGUGCUAAAAUAUUUUUUUUAAAUUAAUACGAGGAAAUGUUUAAUUUAUUACCAAGUAUUUAAAAAUAAGCAUUUAAAAAUGUAAAAUUUUUAGGUCUUACAUUUUGUUACAAAAACCAAUUGAUUAAAUUGUGUAUGUGUUAAUCAAUUAUGGGCGUAACAAAAAUUUAAUAAUUUCUGUUUCUAUGGAAUUUUCUAAGAAUAUUGCAAGUAAGAAUAAGUCAAGACAUUAACUGAUAAAUAUAAUAUUCAGUUUGACGACACACAUUUUAUGUAAAAAGUAGAACAUCCAAUAAUAACAAUUCCUCUAUAUAAUUGAAGAAACAUAAUGUUUAAGACUGAAUUUGGUGUUUGUGUUAUAACUUUUUGCAACUUACAAUGUAUAAGUAUAAUUGUAUUACAAAAACUCAGCUUGUAAAUAUUUAAUCAUGUUGCAAUAAAAUUAUUUGAUAUGAUAUUGUAGUCUCUACAUGCAGGUUAAAGUUUGUUACACUUGAUUCUCAACAAAUUUACAGUAUGUUUUCAAAACAAGAUGAAUUUUGGUUAGUUUUGCAUAACUUAUCUAAUAGAAAAUAAUAUGGUAUUAUAAGUAAAGGAUUUUUCACCGUUUAUAACAUUAUGGACUGUUUUAAGUAAUUGAACAGUAUUCUUAUAUAGACCUUAUGUCUUUUUGGUAUCCUGAUCUUUGUGAAAAGUUAUUUUGAUCACUAGGUUUAACUUACAAUAACUUUCGGUUUACUAUAUUAUAGGUAUAAUAAGAUAGAUUAAGUUAUUUAUAUUAAUUACCAGAGGGAAACAUUUCUUACUGUUUACUAUUAUGCAAUAAAAGGUACCAAAAUA